CAACUCUUUAUUAUACUCUCUAUUGAUAUGUCAAUCGGUGAAUGCAGUAAAUCUAAUCAAUAAUCAUUUAACUUCAUAUGUAAUUAAAUUAAUUUGGAGCAGUGUUUGGGUGUGCCUGAAGUCUUGGAACAAAUGUAUGUUAUUUGGUAUAUUUUGUGAUCUGUCAACUUUGGAGUUGAGUCAACACGUAAAAAUCCAUCAAUGACUAAAUUCUGUAACUUAACAUGUAACUUCAGGGGUUUCAUUUAGAAAUACACAUUGUUUUGUUGUUCUUCAGUAUCCACAACACAGAAACAACAAUCACUGUAAUGACUUGGCAACCAUAUUGAGACCUCAGGUGUGCUGGUUUCAAUGCAGAACAUGAAUGAAACUUGACUUCUUCAUAGAGUCAAGGCAAUAGAAUCUAGGGUCAAGGGCUGUGCAGACUCACUGAUGCAACUCAUUGGAAUGUGAAUCCUCACAAUCUUAACCUCAGUUAACCUUCUACUAUGGUCAGUGAAAUGAGUAUUAUUAACAAAAAACAGUUGUUAUUUUGAUGAUAUCUGAUUAGUACUAUUAAUUACUUUUUACAGAUCUGGAUGCAUGUUUUAUUCUUUGCUUUGGUGGUUUGGCCCUUAAAAUCACCCAGGAAAAAAAGAAGUCUUGCAUAGGUUUUUAUGUUUUGUAUAAUUAUGGAACAACACACCUUACUACCGUUUGUGUUUGUUUGCAAGUUCAACUGUCAUAACAAGGUCUGGGGUUGAUUUCCUGCUUCAUAGGGCCAACCACAAUCUCGUUCUCGCAUCGGUUCAUAUGAUAGAUCAAAUGUCGAUGUGUUUCAAUAUGUCUCUAUACCAAGUGAUAAAGAGAUCCUGCUAUUGCUUAAUUUUUUUAAAGAAAAACAACUUAGAAAUAAUCCGCCAGUUGCGCUUAAUGGACAAAGCUGUCCAUUGUUCUUUUUUUUUUUUAAGCAGGUGCAACGUACCUUAACAGGCGAGCGAGGAUCUCGUUCUCUUUAGUGUUUAAAGAAGCGCGCCAUGCAUGACUACGGUUUGGGUGGUCAGGCUCCGGGUCAAGUUCAACUGAAGGAACGAUUUCUGUUCGGGACAGCUGUGGGCAAACUGUUACAUUGGUUAAUUGGGCAGAAAGAGGAUUGGGUGUGGUUAUACGUUGUGUGUGGGAUGUCUUUACCUUUUGGGUUCAUCGUGUUCCUCGUCAGCGCGUUCAACCCCAUCCCUGUCGUACUGCGAUGCCGCUUUCUUUAGACGACGAGAUGGCAGUGAGGCAGAGGAUCUUCAACUCCACGGCUCCGUUCUCCGGUUCCCCCCGAGCCGAGCUGAAGGGGGGCUACGUGGGCUGCUCGGUGCCCGACCAGGGAGCCCAGGAGGAGGAGAGGAAGGAGGACAAGGAGGGCUACAUGGCCAUUCACCCGUACCUCAGGCAGGUUCUAACCCAAGGGACGGCAGAGCAGGUGGGCGAGGGCCCACUGAAGAACUCCACCUUCGUCGCCCAGGCCGAGUGUGAAAGCCCGGGCUCUCAGCAGUUUAUCUCCUCCUGCUCUGACCGCUGCUUUGUCGCGACUCCCAACUGCUUCACCAGCAACGUGUCGACAGAGCAGAACCAUGUCGCGUGUCCGACAACCGCCUCUGUACAGGAACACACCGUGUCCCUCCUGCUGCCCCCCUCCCGGAAGAAGACGCGGAAGAGACAGAAACGCAAGGAGAAAAAGAAAGAGGGGAAGAAAAAAGAAAGGCACCGACACCGCAUUCCCUCUGGGGUCCCGGAGCAGGAGAGCGGGACUUCUCCGGUCCAAUUCCCGGCGGAACCAUUCGGAAUUCAGUCUCUCAUCGGGCUCAGCAUACACAACCGCUCCAGCAGCAGCUGCAGCUGCACGGCUAGCGACCGGACCGAGGUGCAGGACACCCAGGGCCCUCCCGUGUACAGCCACCCACAGAUCUACAGGAGAGCGUCCCUGGAAUGGAGCUCCCAGGCCUGCGACCCCCUCUCCAACCUCCCGUCCUACGGCCAGGAGAGCGACAGCGAUGCGUCCCUGAGCAGCGCGUGGGACUGCCCCCUGGCCGUGGCCGGCCUGCGGGGCAGCGUGAGCCAGGGGGACCCCUGCUUCGCGGGGCCCUUCUUCAAAGACGUGGAGAAAGAGGUGAGGGUUGAGGAAGACGAGGCGGAGGAGGAGUGGUCGUCGUUACCUGCCUCACCCGUCGUCAACGAGGGCAUCGUCUUUUACAACGAGGACAUCAAGCCUGUGGAUUCGGAGUACCGAGAGGGCCAGGAGUACCGUUUAACGCAGUUUAUUAAGGAGGGCUCCUACGGCGAAGUGUUCAAAGCACAAGACAUCAACACAGGCUACAGAUUUGCAGCCAAAAAGAUACCCCUGAGGAGUUUCAGCAGUGAGGAGGUGGGUACGUGGAGUGCCCUCACAUCUCCCCGCGUGGUGGAGCUCUUUGGGGUGGUCCGAGAGGGGUCCUAUGUCAUCCUGCUCAUGGAACAGAAAUGUGGGUCCCUGGGCCAGCUGAUCGCAGAGCGAGGGAGGCUACCCCAGGACUUGGGUCUCCACUACCACUGGCAAGUCCUAGGAGCACUAGAGUACUUGUUGAAGAAACGCGUGGCCCAUCUCGAUAUCAAAGCCGAUAAUGUCUUGCUGUCCGAGGACGGAAAGGACACCUUCCUCUGCGACUUUGGCCAUGCAGAGAGACUUGACAGUCAAGGAUUUAGCCUCAGUGGUUUCAAAGAUAACAUGAAGGGGACAGAGACCCACAUGGCCCCUGAGAUCGUCAAAGUGGAGCCGCGAGGAGCCAAGGCCGAUGUGUGGAGCAGCGCCUGUAUGCUACUGCACAUGCUCAAUGGGUGCCAGCCCUGGACCCGAUACUACAACUGUCGCCUCUACCUCAAGAUAGCCAAUGAGCCGCCUCCUAUACGGGAGAUCCCGCCUGACUGCAGCGACCUUACCGCAGAGGUGUUGAAGGCGGGGCUUCAGAAGGACCCGGUCAAGAGGGCGUCAGCAGGUGUCUUGAAGGAAAGAACGUCCAAGGCUCUCAAAGAGUUGGGGGGCCUCAGAAGCUCAAUCAGGGGCCCCUACACAGAACCACUGCAGAUUACUCCCAGGCCCGUCUCCUGCUCCUCCCUGGAUCCCUUCCCCAGCAGUGAUGACCCUAAAGAGGGGGGAGAGGAGGGGGAGGAAGAGGGGGAGGUGGAGGAAUGCACCGGUGACCUGAUCAGCCCUGGAAGCAAAAAGAAACUUGACAACGUUGGCGACAGUGAUGAUGAUAAUCCAGAGGGUGAAGCAAGAACUGUAGCCGGAAGGGCGUCGCAGCAGAGGUCGCUGCUGUCGGGUCUGCAAUGUCACCUCCGUGACUCACCCAACCACAAGACUGCCAGCCAUGUCAUGCCAACCCCCAUCCCGGACCACGAACUACACAAACUAGAGCGAGAUUUCUAUUUGAGCAGUCUGUCUCAGCUACACCCUGCCGAGAUGCAGGAGCAGCUGCUGUCCUGUCUGAGCAGUGACUGCCAUUCCAACUGGGAGUCAUGGGACAAAAGGGAUUCUGGCCGUUGGUCCAUUACCCCAGGAGAUGAACUCAGCUCCGGUGUGUUCUCAUACAACAGCCAGGCAGACGGACAGGUCUUCAGCAUGGACUGGCUGGGUAACAUACAGAUUCCCCCUCCCUGCUGUUUUGAAGGGGUGGACGUGUCCAUUCAAGACUUCAACAGACGGAGCAUACGGAUCAGGGAAACCCGGCGGGUGAAGGUGGGACACAUCGCCACUGGAAUCAGUGACCAGAUCUCUGAGAGGGUUUACACCUUGGAGACGGAGGACGGCGGACCAGUCGGCCAUGAUGAUGAGGUUCUACAGUGCGGGCUUCACCUGCGCUGCGUCUCGGCCCCCGACUUCAGCCCCGCCUGGAAGUGGAGGAUCAGAGACGGGUUGCUGGAGACGAGAUAGAGCCAAGCAUUCACCCCACAUAUAAGCACCCCAUUACUGGCUACGAUUUGACUUGAUUGCUUUGGACUCGCCACAGACAUCUGAUUAUGUUUAUUUACGGAUGUACUUAUUUCAUUGGAUUAUUGAAAGAAUCGGCAUCUUUCUGCUGGUUGUUCUGGUUUUUGAAUGUUCAAUUUAAAUAACGUACAAUUUGAUUGGUGGCAUUUUGUUUCUUCCUCAAACAUAUCAGUGUUGUAAUGGUUUAAUCUAAAACCAAUAUGACUUUUAAUUGCAUGAUGAAAUGUAUAGAACCACAGGGUUGUUUUAACUAUUGCUUCUCUUAGUCAUGACACUUCCUCAGUACACCAAUUUAUAAAAAACAUUAAAUGACUAUGAGUGGAUAAUA